CAUCAAAAACACACACAAAUCAGACCCAAAACAAACAAAAAAAACCCACCAAAAAAAUGGGGUCAAUGAAACCCUUAUCAACAGUAUCCGGCAUGCUCCGAUCACGUCUAAACACCACUCUCCGCCGCCGGUCCAGCGACGGAACAAGCCGGUGGACAAGCCCGGGUCACCAAGAACGGCCAAACGGAUACUUUUUGAACCGGACCCCACUGCCACCGGGUCAAUCAAGAAAAUGGGAAGACUGGGAGUUGCCUUGUUAUGUAACAAGUUUUUUAACAAUUGUGAUUCUGGGUGUUGGUCUAAAUGCUAAACCUGAUUUGACUUUGGAAACUUGGGCCCAUCAAAAAGCUAUUGAAAGAAUGGAAGCCCAUAAAUCAGAUUGAUUUGAAAAAUCUGAAAAUGAGUAAUUUUCUUGGAGAAUAAUAAUUAUGAAAUGGUAUGGUUCGAUGUGAAGUAUCGAAUUUCGGGCUUAUUUUUAUGUUGUUUGUUAACAUUUUGUUGUUAGACUUUUUUUGUUGUUGUGAUAAUGCUAAUGAUAAUGAUGAUGAAUAUGUGUUUUAUGGGCUUUUUUUAUGUGAAGAUGUUGACAAUUUA